AUGGCGGCAAGUUUUGCAGUUACUUUGAGUGGGGACGAUAUUCCCGGUGCAUUUUUCGAGGGAAGAAACCCUGCAGAACUCAACAACGAUGCCUUGAGGUUUUGGCUGAAAUGCCAGGGAGAUAAAUGUAAACAAAGACUCAGCUGUUUAAGGUAAAUUAAAAUUAGUAGUACUCCUAAGCUUAAGCUUAUUCUGUUCAGCGUGUUUUUUAAUGGUGAGUUGAUAGUUAUCGAAACUGACAUUUGGGUAACAUGCAGUCGAAAAUCAAUCCAUUUUCUCGAGGGUUGAUCAGUAUAUCGAAUUCGGUUUAAAAGACGUCAUAGUCGAUCCACAUGCUGAUUUUAUAUACGCGGAAAGAAAAAUUGUGAGAGAACAGGCAAAUAGCUGCAAAGAUACUGUAUACCUGACUCUUGUAAUAUUAGUACUGUUUCUCAGUGUCAAAAGAAGAUACAGGUUAAUUAGUGAUCCGACUAUUGGGUGA